AUGCGACGCGCGCAAGAGGAGUUAGAUAAGGUUAUUGGUACCGGACGUCUGCCGACGUUUGAUGACCUUCCUAGUCUUACCUAUGUACGGGCGUUUAUCGAAGAGGUCCUCCGCUGGCGGUCCCUAGCACCAGCUGGAGUUUCGCAUUCUCCCACGAAAGACGACGAGUAUGGCGGGUUCUUCAUCCCGAAAGGAGCAACAGUCAUAGCAAAUCACUGGUCUCUGGAAAUGGAUGACCAAGUAUUCCGGUCCCCGGAGGACUUUAUCCCUGAGAGAUGGAUCGACGCCGACCUCCCUCUGGCGGCUUUUGGAUUCGGCAAGAGAACCUGUCCAGGUCAGCACCUGGCGCGGAAUUCAUUGCUGCUCGCUAUACCUCGACUGCUAUGGGCCUUUGAUAUCAAGUGGAAAGAAGGUCAAAAGACAAGACUCGACUGCUUGCCCAUGACCCAGGAGGGCAUUUUCUCAAAACCAGGCCCGUUUGAGGCUAUCUUUACUAUUCGAAGCAUUGCUCACCAUGGUGUCGUGAUGAGGGAUUGGCAGGACUCGAACAAUGAUGUUGACGACCUCCUUGAUUCCAUUGGUCGACAGUUCUCGGCCACAUGA